UCCCUCGAAUUUAUUUUUGUUUGUACAUUAUUCGAAUCGUGUCGUUUCAACUAGGCACACUUAUAUUAUUAAAUUUUAUAACAAACGACGCACAAAUAAAAUAUAUAUAUAUAUAAUUAUUAAUGAAUUUUUACAAUCUUUUAAAAAGUUAAAAAAAAUUACCUGUUUGAUUUAAAUGUUUUGUAUACAUUAUUAGAGGUAACUUAAGAAUAUUAUUCAUUUAGAACUAUAUAGUAUUUUUUACUUAGAAAUUUACACAUAGACACACAAAGUAUUGAAUACAUAGGUAAACUAUUUGUGAAGAUUAUAUAAUGGAAUCUGGAAGUAUUAAUGUUGUAAAAUAUUUGUUAUACAUCUUUAAUGUGAUAUAUGGGAUUACAGGAGUUGCUUUAAUAGUAACUGGGAUCAUCGUUAUUGUAGAUUUGGGACGUUUUUCAAAUUACUUAAAUGCUUCAAUUAUAGCUCCACCAAUAUUAUUUAUUAUAUUAGGUAUAUGUAUCAUAGUAUCCAGUAUAUUUGGAUUUUAUUGCAUUAACAAACAAAAUUUCAAUUUAUCAAUAGUGUUUACAUUAAUUUUAAUAGCGGUUCUAGUAAUUGAAGUAUUAUUAUCUAUUAUGUCAUCAGUAUCCAAAGAAAAUUUUAAUAAUGAUUUGAGAUUUUCUCUAAAAACGUCCAUGGGAAAAUAUUCGUUUGAUGAAACUCAUCGGCAAUCGUGGUCUACAGUUCAACGAAAACUAGAAUGUUGUGGAGUUGAUACACCUAGAGAUUGGUCUAUAAUAUUCCCAGAAAAUUUAGUUCCUGUUUCAUGUUGUCAAAAUUUACCAGUUGAAUUAGGUGCAUUAUGCAGGAAUUUAUUCGAUGAAAGAAUUAUUUAUCAAAAAGGAUGUUAUAAUGGAUUAAACAAUAGAGUGAAAGCUAGAUUAGCCAUGCUCAUGUAUAUUGCCUUGGCAUUUGGUCUUUUCCAGGUGGUUGGCAUCGUGUUAGCAUGCUUUUAUACAUAUUUAUUGAAAAAUGGUCAAGGAAGCAAGUAAGAUAAUUAUAGUUUUUUUUUUAAAUGAGAAGUUGUAAAAUUGCUGUACAUAUAUCCAUCAUACAACUUGUAUAUAAAACAAAAAUUCACAUAAUAUUAUUCAAAAUAGAUGACAGCAAGAUGAUGUAGGAUUUGAUACAAAUUAUUUAAAUAAGUCCUACAACCAAAAUACAUACUCACGAGACACGUUAAGCCGUAAGGAUCAAUUAAACAAUUUAUUAGAUACAUUAAGAAAACAAAGAAAAAAAAUGAAUUUUUAAAUAUGUUCAUGUAUUAUUCAUUUUUUAUAAUACUUAUAAUAAUUGUAUAUAUGUAUUAUCUUUUACUUUAUGUUAUUUAUGUAGACUUUAAUUCCUCAUACAAUUAAAAUUAUUAUUAAAUGUAUAUUAUUGCAGUGUAUGUAUAUAUCUAUAAUAAUAAUUUUUUAAUGAAUUUAAGUUACUAUUUUAUAAAAUAAAAUUAGGGUUG